AUGGACACUUCCGACCAUUAUUCCGGCUACAGAGAUUUUGUAUGGGCGGUGGAAUUAAAUCGAUUCGGUCUGGAACUGGUCGGUUUAUGGCCGAAAACAAACAAAGCAGCUGACAAUUGUGCGUCCGAUCUUCGGCUAAGUAUUACUUUCAUUAUUAUAGCGAUCGCCUCCGGUAUUCCUCUAGUAUGCGGCCUUAUACGAGUUCGGAACGAUAUGAUACUCGUGAUAGAUAACUUGCAGAUUACGUUACCUCUGAUGCUGGUCUCGUUCAAACUUGUUAUCAUGAGAUGGAAACGGACACCUCACUUAACCAUUGUGAAGAUGAUGGCGGAGGACUGGAUGACGCCGAAAAUAGACGCGGAGAGAAACGUGAUGCUGAAACGCGCGCGAAUCUCGCGGUUCAUCAUGAUCUGUGGAUCCGUUCUGAUGCUAUUCGCGUUUAUCGGGAUCAUCGUUCUUCCUUCCUUCGAUCUGCCGUUCAGACGCCUGACUAAUCUGACGGAUCGUGACAGGCCGUUGCCGCUGCAGACGUAUUAUUUCUACGACACGGAUAAGAGUCCGCAAUUCGAGUUGACGUAUCUCCUUCAAGGUGCGACGAUCUUCCUGGCUGCUGUAAUUUACACAUCGGUCGACGCUUUCCUCGGGCUCACGAUCCUCCACAUCUGCAGUCAGCUGGAGAACUUCAGAGGUCGAUUAGCCGGCUUAGCCUCGAGCAAAAAUUUCGAUCGCGCUCUACGAGACAACGUGAUCGCUCAUCUGCGGCUCAUCAGAUUUGCCAAUAAAAUCGAGGACGUAUUUGCUUUAAUGAUGUUGGGUCUAGUAUUCUACUUUGCUAUUGUAUUUUGUCUAUAUGGAUUUCUGUUCCUCAUUUUAAUCACCGACAAAGAAAAUGGUAUCUCUCUCUCGCGAUUAAGCUACGUGAUGUUUGGUGUCUUCAAUCUACUAUUUAAUACCUUUCUUUAUUGCGGUGGUGGCGAACUUUUAGCAGAACACUGCGAAGCUAUAUAUCGUAUCUUGUGCGAUCUCGAUUGGUACAAACUGGAGUCGAGAGAAGCAAGAAGCCUAACUUUAUUAAUGAUUUGUGCGAGUGAACCUUUCCGCAUCACUGCUGGAAAUAUCAUUCCGCUGACGAUGACCACAUUUUGCAGCCUAUUAAAAACAUCGGCUGGCUAUAUAUCGUUUUUAUUAGCAAAACAGAAUUGA